AUGUCCCUUUCGACCCGAAUCGCAUCUCUCACCCGGCACUUCGCAACAAAACCAACGACCACCACCAAAAUGUCCACCAACAUCCCCGCAACCAUGCUCGCAAUCACCCAACCAGAUCCCAAAUCCACCAACCUCACCCUCGCCACCGUCCCAACCCCCAAGCCCACCCCAAACACCUCCGAGCACCUCAUCCGCAUCCACACGGUAUCCCCCUGCGCCGGCGAACUCCUCUGGCCGGCAAACUUCCCGCCCGAGGGCGGCCGCGACCUCUGGAUCCCCUGCCCCGACAUGGCCGGCACGGUGGUCGUCGCACCGGAAAACUCCCCCUUCAAACCCGGCGACGAGGUCUACGCGCGCGCAAACUAUCUCCGCAAUGGCGCCGGCAGCGAGUAUACCAUCGGCGUCACCGAGGAAAUCGCCAAACGGCCCCGGGGCCUCUCGUGGGCUGCCACGGCGGCGAUCCCGCUGUCUGCACAGACGGCGUGGCAGGCGCUUUUUGUGCAGGCGGGGCUGGGUAGUAUCGAGAGUGGAAAUUGGAAGGGGAAGCGGGUGCUUGUUACCGCUGCCAGCGGGAGUGUUGGGAGCUGGGUUGUCCAGCUUGCCAAGGUCGCUGGCGCGACUGUCAUUGGCACCUGCGGGACGGAUAAUGUCGACUUUGUCAAGUCUCUCGGGGCGGACGAUGUUGUUGAUUACAAGACGACCACCCUCAAGAAGUGGGUCGAGUCUGCCGGGCAGGUCGACGUCGUGAUCGACUGCAUCGGGCGGAAAUCCCUGGAAGAUGCCUGGUGGACGAUCAAGGACGACGGCGUGCUGCUUAGUAUCUUCCAGCCGCCCGAGACGGCUGUUCCCGAGGGCUAUAGUGGCAAUGUGAAGGGGAGGUUCUUUAUCAUGGGGCCUGUGCGCGAGCAUCUCGAAGCGAUUACGAAGCUUGUUGAGGAGGGCAAGGUUAGGGGCACGGUGGAUAGUGUGUGGCCUGUGACGCAGUUCAAGGAGGCGUUUGAUCGCGUGGCGAGUGGGAAGGCGAGGGGGAAGGUUAUUAUUGAUUUCGAUUUGAAUAGGCAGUAA